AAGCCAAUCUGGUUGUUGAGGUCUUCAGUUCAGACGGAUGAUUAGAUUGGAUAUACCUAUCCUUUUCCUUCUGAUCAGAGAAGACCCAGAAAUAACCAUCAAGUACCUAGAGACUCUCUGUACCAUUACUCAAUAUCCCGUUUACUCCUGAAACAUAAGCUACUAAACAACAUGGCUGCUGGAGUUGCAACAUGGAUGCCCUUUGCUCGGGCAGCGGCCGUGGGCUGGCUACCACUGGCCCAACAGACCAUGCCCAGGCCUCCUGUGGACAAAACAAGUCGCAGUGAUGAGAUCCUGUUUGUUAAUGUGAGUGGACUACGCUUCCAGACAUGGAAGAACACAUUGGACCGUUACCCGGAUACCCUUCUAGGCAGCUCAGAAAAGGAGUUUUUCUACAAUGAGGAAACUCAGGAAUAUUUCUUUGACAGGGAUCCAGAGAUGUUUCGCCAUAUUCUCAACUUUUUUAGAACAGGCAAGCUACACUAUCCCCGACAUGAAUGCAUUCAGGCCUUUGAGGAGGAGCUGGCUUUCUAUGGCAUAAUACCUGAGAUCAUAGGUGACUGCUGUAUGGAAGAGUACCGGGAUCGUAAGAAGGAGAACCAGGAGCGUUUGGCUGAGGACACCGAGGCAGAGAAUGCCGGAGACGCUCCCCUGCCCCCAGACGCCACGUUACGUGAUAAGCUAUGGAGGGCCUUCGAGAACCCUCACACCUCCACCGUGGCCCUGGUGUUCUACUACGUCACCGGCUUCUUCAUCGCCGUGUCUGUUAUCGCCAACGUUGUGGAAACGGUUCCCUGCCGACCACUCAAAGGGAGUAUAAAGGACCUGCCGUGUGGUGAGAAGUUUUCUGUGGCCUUCUCUUGUUUGGACACGGCCUGUGUGCUUAUUUUCUCCUGCGAGUACCUCAUGAGGCUGUAUGCUGCCCCCAGCCGCUGUGAUUUUGCACGUUCGGUGAUGAGCGUGAUUGACGUGGUGGCCAUCUUGCCCUUCUACAUCGGCCUUGUCAUGCCCGAGAACGAAGAAGUCAGCGGGGCUUUUGUCACCCUGCGAGUCUUCCGGGUGUUCCGAAUCUUCAAGUUCUCCCGCCACUCUCAGGGCCUGCGCAUCCUAGGCUGCACUCUGCAGGCCUGCGCCUCGGAGCUGGGCUUCCUCCUCUUCUCCCUCACCAUGGCGGUCAUCAUCUUCGCCACCGUCAUGUUCUAUGCUGAGAAAGGCACCAAGGGAACCACGUUUUCCAGCAUCCCCGCCUCCUUCUGGUACACCAUUGUCACCAUGACAACACUAGGAUAUGGAGACAUGGUUCCAGACUCCAUAGCGGGCAAGAUAUUUGGCUCCAUUUGCUCCCUCAGUGGCGUGCUGGUGAUUGCUCUACCUGUGCCUGUCAUAGUCUCCAACUUCGCAAGGAUCUACCACCAGAACCAAAGGGCAGAUAAGAUGAGGGCACAGCAGAAAGUGCGUCAGGCAAGGAUUCGAAUGGCUAAAAAAGGGGCCACCAAUGCAUUCUUGCAGCACAAAGAGGAUGGGGGAUUGCAGGGUGGCGAUAGUGACAGCACAGCUUUUUGUGUGAAGAACAGGUCCGCCUUCGAGCAUCAACAUCAUCAUCUAUUGCAGUGCUUGGAGAAAACCACCAAUCACGAGUUCACCGAUGAAGUCACCUACAGCGAGGUGUGUAUGAUGGACUCAAUGGGCUUCCGCACCAGCCGCAGCACUUCCUUGUCCAGCCAGCAGGGGGCCACCACCACCUGCUGCUCCCGGCGGGCCAAGAGGAGGGCCAUUCGCCUUGCCAACUCCACCGUAUCUGUCAGCCGGGGAAGUAUGCAGGAGCUGGACACGCUGCACGUCACCAAGACACCUGUUGGUACUCAGUACCCACAGAGUCGCUCCAGUCUAAACGCCAGAACUGAAGACCUGAAGCUGAACUGCACUGACUACACAGCAGCCAUCAUCAGUAUCCCCACUCCCCCAGCCAACAGUCCUGAUGAGAGCCUACCUCACUCACCCGCCAUCCCUGGCAUCCUACGCAACUCUCGCUCCAGUAUCUAUAACACCCAGGAAACUGUCAAGAUCUCCUCUUUAUAACCCUCUGAAGCACAGGAGCUUGACCCAUUGCACAAAACAAGAGGAAUGGGGUCCGUCAGAGAAGAACAUGGGAAAGAAGGAUGAUAACGUCCACACUCUUUGCAAAUGCUUCACUCCGAUACCAACGUAAUGUCUACUGAAUAGUCAAGGUAGGGGCAGCGUGAGAAAAAUAAAGUCAAUUAAUUGUAACUAUCCAUUUGAUGUGCUGGAACAGUUACUGUGAGGUUGACC